GACUUAAGUUUGGCACAAUGUCGCCAUGGUAAUUGCCAAAACAGUUUUCAGUGGAAAGGCUUUAGGAGCUUUUGUCAUCAAACAAUCAGUAAGGAGUCUAGUCUGUGUGAGCACAGACAGGUCUGUACUUCGGUUCAUCACUGUCACACAAUUGCUGCCGUUUCAAAGAAUAAGAGGGACGACACAGUUUUCAUCUUUGUUGUUUUUUUCUCUGAAAUUGUUCACUUCUCACUGGGAGAGGAACAUCUGUGCGAUGGCUUCAGCCUGUUCAGCGAGUAUCAGCAGCUGCAGAAACUUAAGUGCAUUGAGGUUUGCAUUGUUACUGUAUCUGGGAUUUCUUCUCCUUCAAUCCAUUAUAGAAAGUUUUUUUUUUUUUUUUUUGAUGAAUGAUGGGAGGAGUUUGGGACCAAUCAGGAGUAGAUUUUCUUUUUUUCUUCUUUUUGUAUCCUCCUAUCUACAGAUACACACAAGGCAGAUCACAUGACCAGGGAUAACGAAGGAAAAAACAGCAAAGAAAAAAAGAAGAGAGAUUUGGGCCUCAGUGCUCUGAGCUCUUCAAUGGAAACCACAUGUAGCGCAGUGGGAGGGGGCAGAGGUGUGUGUGCUUGGAGUGUGUGUGUUCGGAGGGGGGGGGGGCUGUGGUGACUAAAACUCCAGCCUCAGAGUGAGGGAGGAGGUAGUCCCUCUGAGCUUUGCUGACAUUCCCGAAGAGCGCUUCAGGGGACUGAGGAGUGUGAAGAACAGUAGAUUAUCUGUGAGUGUUUCCUCCACAGUUCACACUUCUUUACUGCGGGGCUCCUGGACAGAAAGCAGAAAGCUGAUCUUCUUUUUAUUCAACUAAAGGAAAGCAAGAAGAGGAUCUACUGGAAGACAAGCAACAAACAUGUCCAACGCUUUGCUCAGGAGAAACUCCAGCAAACAGGGUCUGCAGAACCUCAUGAGACUGACCGCUCAGAGGAGCAUCGAGGAUGCUGAGGAGGUGGAGAGAGAGCGCCGUCGAAGGGCCCGGGAAGCGUUACACAGGAGAAACAGCGGAUCCACCCCUGGAGAAUCAUCCCCCGAGAGUGAAGUGCUAACAGAGGACAACAGAUUUGACACGAGCUUCAAACCAAGCAGUUCUCUGGAGGAAGACGAGGGUUUCAGUGACUGGACUCAACGCAGAGACAGACAGAAGCAGCAGCGUCUGCUGGAGCUCAGUGUGGGAGGCCAGGAAGAGCGGAGGGAAAAUGAAGACGUCUUCAGCAAAGCUCUACCUACAAAAACCACUGAAAUCCAUGUUGCUUCUACAAGCCGACUCCCGAGAAAAGAAGAGGGAGAGAUCCUGAAGAGCAGAGUGGAGACGGAGAAGAGGAUGGAAGAUGACGUGGAGGAGAGGAAGGAAAGGAAGAGAGAAAUGCUGAUUUUAAGCAGACAGGAAGUGAUUCAAAGGCCAAAUAUUGAGGUGGAGAAGAGACUGGAAACUAAAGAUCCCUACACCUCAAAGACUUUGAAACACAGCGUCUUCAAUGGCCACAGCCCCACCAAUGAAGUCGUGUCACACCUCAAGAGAGUAAACAGAUCCAGCAGCAGAAACGUGGAGCCGGAGGAGGCUGAGGCCAUCCAGGAGGUGGAGCAGCGACUGGAGAGGAUCCGCCACAGCCUCCAAGAAAAAGAGAGCCAGGAACUGGAGCAACUGAGACUGAAGCAAACCGAGGCUGAACAGGAGCUGGAGGAGCUGAAGAGGAGGAGAGAGGAGAGGCAGAAACUCCGAAAGGAAGAGGAGCGUUAUAGAGAAGAGGAGGAACACCAGCGGCUCGCCAAAGAAGAGGAGGAAAGGAGACGGAUGAAGGAGGAGAUUGAGAAGAGGAGGAUGGAGGCUGCAGAAAGGAUGAAGAGUCUGAGCACUUCCAGCACUGAUGGGGAGGAAAUAUUCAGUCCAUUUACCCCAAAAGCUUCAACUCAAAAGAUCACAGAGAAGACAGAAUCCCUGAACCGAUCGCUGAGGAAAAGUAACAGCUUUAAGAAGAUGCAGCCUCUCAUCCUGAUGCCCAAGAUUGAUGACAAACUGGAGCAGUAUACCAGUGCUGUGGAGAACUCUCAGGAAGCACGAGCAGUAAAGGCAUCACUGGCUGAUAUACCCAUGUCCCCAGAAGUCGUUGCCUCCAAGAAAAAUCUUUUCGAGGCUGGAGAGGCCUGGAGCCAGAGUCCCAGCAAAGGAGCCUCCUGCAAGGAUGCUGAAGGUCUGAAGGUGGGCGUGGCCAGCCUGAUCAACCAGUGGGUCAGAAGCCAGUCAGACGGCAGCAGCGGCAGACCGUCAGCUUGCAGAGCAGCAGAUGUGAAGCCUGGAGAUGUGAUGCAGAAGAAGAACAUGUGGGAGGUUAUGGGAGACUCAGGGAGGCAGGAUCAAAGACUACAGGGUUCAGCAGCUGGAAAAAAGUUCAAAUUUGUUGUCACUGGUCAUGGCAAAUAUGAGAAAAUUCCACCCAAGGACCAGAGUGGAGGAGAAUCCAAUAUAAAGUCUGAUUCAUAUCAUAUCAGCUGCUGAGGUGGUGCCAUCUCCACAGCGAGGGAUCUCUACAGCCUCACUUCUUUCUGCCUCAUCUUAAGGAUUGUCAUAGGAGUCGCUGGAGUUUCUCCUAGCUAUUGAUAAGUGAAGGCAGAGUUCACUCUAAGGUCACUGUGAUAUUGUCCAGAAUAUUCAAUAUAUGUAUGUUUCUGCCAAGCUGUCAUUUUUUUAUUGUUAUUAUAUGAUUGUGUCUUCUUUUGUUUUGUAUUUUCUGAUUUUUUAAAUAUCAUAUUUUUUCACCUUGAUGUACUUCCAGAAUAGAUUCUUAAUAUCAGCUUGAGCAUGAUUCUGGACAAAUGUUUAGAGUUGGCAUAAAUAAAUAAUGUUUGUAUCUUAAGGAUUCCAUAUUUGAGCUGAUUCGCACUUAUCUGUUGACUGCAAAACAAUCUUGGAAAAUUAAGCAGCAUGUGAAAGAAAAACUUCAAGGGAGGCAAACUGAUGAAUCUACAGACAGCUAAAGGACACUGUGUAUGUUGCUCGGGCUCAUUAGAUUAGAAAUUAUUCACUUGUCAAAAGCCUUAUCAGACACAAACAAGUAUAUAGUUUCAGAUAUUUUAGUUAAUCUGCUGACGGCUUUUUUAAUCUUCCUCUCUAAGAUUCCUGCCUGUGUGAACUUUUUUCUUGAAUAAAUCUUGAAGAGUUUUGUUCAUCUUA